AUAGUUAUGAAUUAUAUUUAAUAUUUUUUUUACACAAUUUGGGGCGUGGCCUCCAAAAGAAUGAAUGUUCAGGGCCUUUGGGAAGUUUUCAAAUGUCCUUGGACUGAAUUGAAGGGGUGGUGAUGAGUAGGUAGUGUCAGGGCUGCUAUGUCUUUGAAGCUGUAGGCCCUGGUCCGGUCAGAGGCUGUGCCCCAAGUUCCCAAGGGAUGAUGUCAUAGGAAAGGGCUUGAGGAGUUCAGUUGUGGGAGCGCUAGAAUCGAGCGAGCGAGCGAGCGGGCUGGUCGAGGAGAAAGUCAGCUGAGGACUUGACUUGGAGGGGUUUUCGGAAAGAAGGACCAGAGAGGGCGUGGGAGCUGGAGAUGAAACCAGUGGCCCUCGUUGGGAGGACAGGAUAAGAUGUCAAAGAAGUUACAGGGAGUGUAAAAAAUGGAAAGGGUGGCACCCCAGAAUGCACCAUCUUUGGUAAACUGAGGCCCCGAGGGAAUACAUGUGUAUUUAGAGCUUGGCACACUUUGCUCUAAAGGGGUGAGGAUUAGACUGCAUCCCAAACCUGCGCUUUGGAGUUGUGGAAGCAACAUAUCUGCUGUGUUGUUCCAUGGAUUUCUUUACGAAAUAGGGUCUCUUCCUAUCCCCCAGGCUGGAGUACUGUAGAGUGAUCCAGCUUUCUGUAGCCUUGGACUCUCUGGCUCAAGCAAUCCUCCCACCUCAGCCUCCCCAGUAGCUGGGACUACAGGUUAAACAGUUUAAGAUGAGAAAACUUGAUCUCUGUUUGAGCUCUGAGGGGUCCGAAGUGAUUUUAGCUACAUCAAGUGAUGAAAAACACCCACCUGAAAAUAUCAUUGAUGGGAAUCCAGAAACGUUUUGGACCACCACAGGAAUGUUUCCCCAGGAGUUUAUUAUUUUUUUUCACAAACAUGUAAAGAUUGAAAGGCUUGUAAUCCAAAGUUACUUUGUACGUACCUUAAGGAUUGAAAAGAGCACAUCUAAAGAGCCAGUUGAUUUUGAGCAGUGGAUUGAAAAAGACUUAAUACACACAGAGGGACAGCUUCAAAAUGAAGAAUUUGUGGCACGUGAUGGUUACGCCACUUACUUGAGAUUCGUUAUUAUUUCAGCCUUUGAUCAUUUUGCAUCCGUGCAUAGCAUUUCUGCAGACGGAACAGUAAUCUCAGAUUUUGCAUGAAUUCACUUGCAUGACUUUUUAACAAUGUAUUUAUUUAAACAUGAAAUUGUCAUUGAUAAUACUUUAUUAAAAGGAUUUAUAUAAAUAUA